AUGGACGGAGUCGGGAUUGAUCAGUUUCAAUACCAACAAUCACACCUCAACAAUCAUGGGCAUUUUCCGUCGCAGCCAUUGCCCGCGCGGCCAUUGCGAAAACGAAAGGCCGAUGCGGCGCCGGAGAACAACGAACGGCUCUCGAAGCGGAUGAGCGUCUUAAACCUCGAAGAUUCAGGCCAAAAGCUCUACGUCCACGUCGAGAACCCUGACACCCCAUCAUCAGCCCACGCUCCAUCAAGCGCCGAGCCCGAGAAGAAACCCCAACACCAUGGCCAUCAUCACCAUCCACCCAAUCCCCCCAACACCGACGACUCCGCCAUGCGAUUAGACGACUCCAAAUAUAAAGUCUAUAUCUACAACCUUGACGAUGAGCUCUCCUCAGAUAACGACGACAGCGAUGCCGAGAGCCAACUCGUCUUCCUCCCGGACAUCGAAAAGCACUUGCGCGACAACCGGAUACCCCUACACCUACGUGGCCCUUCCCCCUCCGAGGCUGCCGCGGCGGACCUAGCGAGCAAGCAGCUUGUGCUGUACAGCGUGCCGAGCUCGAUUUCGGUGCCGGAAGAGCAGGACAGCGUGCGCAAAGCGAUUAUUGAAGCGCGGGAGCGGGUACGGGAGAAGCAGCGGGUUGUGAAUGCUGUACCGGCCACGGUACCGGCGCCGGUAGAGAAGCCAAGGGCAGAAGUAUCGUCGAGCUUUGGCGAUGCUCCAAUGGAGCUUGAACCGUUGCAGACUAUCGUCGAGGAGGAUCCCGAUGCGAUGGAUAUUGAUUAA